AGCUUCACUCCUACUCAAUGCUUAAUUUCCCAAAUAUAAACCAAACACUCUCUCUUUAAUUUCCUAACCCGACACGUAUUCCACAGAAAAAUUAACGGAUUUGCCACUAUGAGCUUCUUGGUUCCUAGUAGAGGAGCCAAGAUUCCUCUAUCCAUCAUCGUUCUUGUUAUAUGCGGUUUUAUGUUCUUCGUUCUCUUAUACACCGAAAGAAUCAGCUUGAUGUCCUCUUCCACUUUGUCUUCUAAUGUCCUCAAGUUAAAGUCUUGUCCUAGGAAAGACCUUAGCUCUAAACCUAAGGAUAUAGUUCAAGAGGAGAAAAUACGAGAGGAGAAUGGUCGAGAAGAGAGAUCAGAAAAUAUGGAUGUGGUGGACGAUAGGUUUGAAUUCGAUCCAGAAGAGUGUAAUGUUGCAGCCGGGAAAUGGGUUUACAAUAGCUCAGCUGAGCCACUCUACACUGAUGAGUCAUGUCCAUACAUCGACCGUCAAUUCUCUUGCAUGAAAAACGGAAGACCAGAAACUGAUUAUCUUCGGUGGGAAUGGCAGCCUGAUGACUGUACCAUCCCACGAUUUAGUGCGAAGUUAGCAAUGAACAAACUGAGAGGAAAAAGAUUGCUAUUUGUGGGAGAUUCGUUGCAACGAAGCCAAUGGGAAUCGUUCGUGUGUUUGGUUGAAUCAGUUAUACCCGAGGGAGAAAAAUCAAUGAAUCUUGGCCAAAAAUACUUUGUUUUUAAAGCAAAGGAAUACAAUGCGAGUAUAGAGUUCUACUGGGCACCGUAUAUUGUGGAAUCGAACACGGAUUUGCCUGUGAUUUUGGAUUUGAAGAAAAGGAUAGUGAAAGUCGAUUCAGUGGAAGAUCGAUCCAAGUAUUGGGAAGGAGCUGAUAUUCUAGUUUUCAACACUUAUGUUUGGUGGAUGAGUGGAAUCAGAAUGAAAGCUUUGUGGGGUUCAUUUGGAAACGGAGAGAGAGGUGCGGAGGCUUUAGACACAGCAGUGGCUUACAGGCUAGCGCUCAAGACAUGGGCUAAUUGGGUUGACUCUACCGUUGACUCUAAUAAGACUAAAGUCUUCUUCACCACCAUGUCUCCUACUCACUCUAGAAGUGCGGAUUGGGGGAAGCCAAACGGCCCUAAAUGUUUCAACGAGACAGAGCCAAUAAAAGAUAAGAGCUUUUGGGGAACAGGUUCCAACAAGGAGAUGAUGAAAGUGGUGUCAAGCGUCGUGAAGCACAUGGCCACGCACGUGACUGUCAUUAACAUUACGCAGCUCUCCGAGUACCGCAUCGACGCACACACAUCUGUAUACACGGAGACAGGGGGCAAGAUGCUAACGGCUGAGGAGAGGGCUGAUCCAAUGCGUCACGCUGAUUGCAUACACUGGUGCCUCCCUGGGUUGCCCGACACGUGGAACCGAAUCCUAUUGGCUCAUUUGUAAGUAAAAAAAGAGCUAGGAAACUGAUGAUGAAAACGGAAAUUAACCCAAGUCCUCUCUCACUGUUUUCUUCUUGUGUUGUGAGACAAUUGUUUUUUUUUUUAAUAUAUGUGGAUGUAACGUGGUAAACGUGACGUGAAGAAAUUUGAAAAAGGAAGAAAAAGAGAGAGUAUAUUGGUAGUUUUCGCAUCCACAUUACUAUUGAGUUCGAUUUACACUAGAAACUAACCUAUCACUUUUUGAUCAGUUUUACUUGGUUUUCGAUCCAGAUAAUUAACAUGGUGGAUUAAAUCAAAUUAUAUGUCUUUCCUCUGAUACUAAUCGGAAGAUAUCCAAACAAUGCUAUUAAGUACAGUGAAAUUUCCAUAAAUUAAUAAUGUUGGGACUACACCAAAAUUAUAAGUUUUUUAUUAAUUUAUAAAAAUAUUAAUUUAUCGAUAUAAUAAUUGAAUCAAAAAUUCAAUUUGGAAUUAUAAAAUUAUAUUAUUUUAUAGAGAUUUUAGUGUAUAUUAAUUUACAGAGUAUUAAUUUAAAGAUGUUAUAUCGUAUGUUCCUCCUGAUACUGACCGGAUAGCCGAUAAAGUUUACGAUAAAACAAAAUUCUUCGAGUGGUGAUCAUUCUGGAAACAUUUAUUGGAAGUUUAUAAAUUGUUUGGUUUGAUUAUUUUAAAAAUUCAUUAAACCAAAACGGAACCGCAGUAAACCAGAUUGUGCACGCAAUCAAACCCAAAUAUGAGGGGCAGGAUGGCCUGAGGCCUAUUAUUUAAAACAUGGGCCUAUAGUAAUCUUGGGUUUUAUUAGAGAGCUAUGUGUGUGACAGUCCGAUGGUAACCUAACCCUAAAUGAACUCAUCGCCGUCAAGAGGAAGCUGUAUAUAAUCCCUUCUUCUUCAUCUUUUGCAUAUUACAACUCAAUUUGAUAUCUUAUCUCUUUAUUCAACUGAAAAUUCAAUCAGUUUUUCAUUUAUUUGUGAUUUGAAUUCAUUAUUUUUGUUUCUUCUUGGGAUGUUAAAGCUUCUUUCUCUGGCUGAUAGGAUUAUUAUUAUAAGUUCCUCAUCGGCUCGUUCAUAUUGAAGCGAAAUAAACUCAACUUACACGCUGGUCUGCUGCGUCAGAUUACUAUACGCUGCAGCGUAGGAAGAAUGAGAUAUUUUAAUUUUUACUCUUUUUUUUGUAAUCUGCCGUUGAUGAUUUUCGUAGGCUUGUCCUGAUCAAAUUCAUGACGUUACUAUUGAAUCAAUGAGUCUGAGGCUCUUUGUUUUAUUACCAGUAUUUAAUAUAAAAUUUCCUAGUGAGGAUUACUUAUUAAAAGCUAUGGAUCUGAUUAUUAAAUCGUAUUCAUAUGAUGCUAUAUUGUCAUAGUUACUCUGAUGGGAAAUAUUCGUUUUUUUUAAUUAAACAUUGGAAUCUCUUAUUUGUUUUGGUUGAUUUCCGGAAGUGAUUAUAGUCCUAUGCUCUCCCCUUUAACCUGUAUAAUGUAUUCGAUUAUGGUUUUAAUACAAAGGCAACUUUUUGCCGAGUGAAUCGAAUAUCGAUAUCUCUCUUUUUCCCAGUUGCCUAAAUCAUCUUAUGGCUGUGUGAAGAAUACUUUGAACGGUUAUGUAUUUUUCUAAAUAACCGAUCUUUUCUUCUGCUGCUACAUUUUUUCUUUCCUAAAAUGCAAAUUUUUUAUUUAACUGUUUCGAAUCCUAAAAACUAUGCUAAUAUUUUGUUUUUGACCAAAAUAACAAAACGGUCUCUCAAUAUAGAAAGUUUUGAUUUUACAGAAUUAGUCAGCAUGGACAUUAUUUGGGCCCAAAGAAUUCUCAUCAUCUAAAAAACCCUAUUUGCGUAAAUAACCAAAAUCUCGGGUUGUCGGUUACAUAAUUUUUAUCCGUCUUAUUUUAUAUCACUCUUAUUGCCCAAUAUCAAUAAUAAUUUACCUAACUGUAAAACACUCUUAAAAGUAAAAGUUGAAAGGCAUUCCACUUCCAGCAUGUAGUAGUUGACUCGAACUUUCCCGGUGACGUGAUUAUAAACCUCAAGUCAAAGUCAGACGAAAGAUCGGUAGCUCCUUUAUCAGAUAUUUGAAAACCUAUUGCGAUGCUUAGUUUGAUUUAUUAGAUUAAACUCGUUUGAUGUAAAUACAGCUGUGUAUGUAAGCUUAAUGAAUGUAGAUUAAUUUUAUGUCAAUAACAGAGUUUAUAUCCGUCUU